GGGAAUUCACAGAGACACUGCCGACUGGUUCCAGUUCACACGGCGGCUGAGGAGAGAGGGGGAGAGAGAGGAGAGCGAGCGCGAGCGAGCGAGCGAGAGGUGUGUGUGUGGGGGAGAGAGCGGACGAACGAGCGCGGAGAGAAAGAGCGAGCGCCGCCGAGGCAGGAGACAUAUUGCUGUGGCUGCUACCGCUCUCCGGGAGCCGCUCCUGUGCUGUUUCAUAUUCAGGAAAAGCAAGAUGUCAAGCCGAGGUGGAAAGAAGAAGUCCACCAAAACCUCCCGAUCAGCAAAAGCUGGAGUCAUCUUCCCUGUGGGGCGAAUGUUGCGAUACAUUAAGAAAGGACACCCUAAGUACAGGAUUGGGGUGGGUGCUCCAGUGUACAUGGCUGCUGUGCUGGAAUACCUGACUGCAGAAAUUUUGGAAUUGGCUGGGAAUGCUGCAAGAGACAACAAGAAGGGAAGAGUCACUCCUCGACAUAUCCUUUUGGCUGUAGCCAAUGAUGAAGAAUUAAACCAGCUGUUAAAGGGGGUCACCAUCGCCAGUGGGGGUGUUUUACCAAAUAUCCACCCAGAAUUGCUAGCAAAGAAGAGGGGAUCCAAAGGCAAACUGGAAGCCAUCAUUACUCCCCCACCAGCCAAAAAGGCCAAAUCUCCAUCACAGAAGAAACCUGUGUCAAAGAAAUCAGGAGGCAAGAAAGGACCCAGGAAAUCUAAGAAGAAGCAGGGAGAAGUCAGCAAAGCAGCCAGUGCAGAUAGUACCACGGAGGGCACUCCUGCUGAUGGAUUCACCGUCCUCUCCACCAAAAGCCUCUUCCUCGGCCAGAAGCUGAACCUUAUUCACAGUGAAAUCAGUAAUUUAGCCGGCUUUGAGGUGGAGGCCAUUAUCAAUCCUACCAAUGCUGACAUUGACCUUAAAGAUGACCUAGAAGUGAUACAAUCAUUCUGCAUGGUAAUGAAUGGAGAACCAAGGCCAAGGUUUGCAUCUUUCAGCUCCAUAAUGGCCUUGCUUCAAUUCUCUGGUCAUUUCAAGCCUGUACUAUGGAAUACCCUGGAGAAGAAAGGUGGCAAGGAAUUUGUGGAAGCAGUGUUAGAGCUUCGGAAAAAAAAUGGUCCAUUGGACAUUGCUGGAGCGGCUGUCAGUGCUGGCCAUGGUUUGCCUGCCAAGUUUGUGAUCCAUUGUAACAGUCCAAUAUGGGGUUCUGACAAGUGCGAAGAGCUUCUGGAAAAGACUGUGAAGAAUUGUUUGGCUUUAGCAGAUGACAAGAAGCUGAAAUCAAUUGCAUUUCCAUCAAUUGGCAGUGGCCGAAAUGGUUUCCCCAAACAGACAGCAGCACAGCUGAUCCUGAGAGCCAUCUCCAGUUACUUUGUGUCUACAAUGUCUUCAUCAAUCAAAACGGUUUAUUUCGUGCUCUUCGACAGUGAGAGUAUAGGGAUAUAUGUGCAGGAAAUGGCAAAAUUAGAUGCUAACUGAGUUGAAAGAACUACAGAAGCAGCCCAGACUCACUUGGUCCUUUUCUCCAAUUUAAAAUUAAAAAAAAAAAAAAUUCCUUAACUCCUAAUUGUGAGGCAGCACCCUUUAUUUUCAAUUUUGCUCAUCUAGGGAAAUGAGAUUUGGUUUUUUGUUUUGUUUUGUUUUUUGGGUUAAUUUGUUUUGACCUUCUAAAAUGUUUUUAUGUUAGCACUGAUAGUUGGCGUUACUGCUGUUAAUGCACUGUUUCAGCCCUUGUAUGAGUUUAGUGUAAUCUAGGAAAUUUUAUAGUUUUAUUUUAAUGAAUACCGGAUUGAUGCAGACAGUAGUGGGAAGUUCAUUGUCUUUUACAUGUGGAAAAAAAACAGGAAGCCCUAUUUUGUAACUGUGUUGUGGUACGUAAUCCUACAUUGCGUGAUGUUUCCUUCUCAUCACAUUGUUCUCAUUUUUUUCCCUAAAACAACAAAAAAGAAAAAAAAAAAACAUCUAAUUUCUGUUUACUUUAUUGUCUUAAUGAUGGAUCUUGAAAUGGGGGAGAGGGGGAGAGAAGCCUGUAGUCCUUAAUUAUAUUUGCAAUUUGGAAUUUGUGUGAAUUGAUUUAGUAAAAUGUUAAACUGUU